AUGGAUUCAUUGCCGGUAGAAUUAGUCAACUUUGGAAAAUCACUCAUAGUACCCAGCGUUCAAGAGCUAGCAAAACAGCCCCUCCGUGCAAUCCCGGCGAGGUACGUGCGCGACGAGCAGGACCCUCCGGUCGUCUACUCCAGCGAUGGGGGAUUUCUCCCGUCGGUGCCGGUGAUCGAUCUGCGGAGCUUGCUUUCAGGGGACCAGAUGAGACUGAGUUGGAAAGGCUGCACUCUGCUUGCAGAGAAUGGGGUUUUUUUCAGGUCAGUAUUUCACCUUUUUAUGAGGCAUUGCCAAACAGGGCCUAGAGCUGGCUCCAUCAUGUCUUGUUUGGAUGCUGAAAAUAAAAGAAAAUGUGAAGGUGUGGCUACAAUGAUGAGCAUGGGUGGUAAAUCAUGGAGUGAGCAGUUCACUAUUAGAGGAAUUCAAGAGGGAAAUAACGGAGUUCGUCAGACUUCCCAUGGAGGAAAAGCAGAAGUUGUGCAGCAGCCAGACAACCAUGAAGGUUUUGGGCAACUAUUUGUGGUAUCCGAGGAGCAGAAGCUUGACUGGUCUGACAUGUUCUACAUCACCACUCUUCCAACCAGUUUAAGGAGGACACAACUCUUUGAACUUCUCCCUCCAAAGCUCAGGGAAGUAUUAGAACUAUAUUCAAUGGAAGUGAAGAACUUAACAAUGACAAUCCUAGGUCAGAUGGCUAAAGCACUAAAGAUGGACAAUGAAGAGAUGACAGAGCUAUUCACAGAUGGCGUGCAGUCCAUGAGAAUUAACUAUUAUCCUCCAUGCCCCGAGCCAGACAUGGCCAUGGGCUUCACUCCUCACUCUGAUGCAGUUGCUCUGACUAUUCUCUAUCAGCUUAAUGACACUGAAGGCCUACAGAUUCGAAAGGAAGGGAAGUGGGUAUCUGUAAGACCGCUUCAAAAUGCUUUUGUUGUCAACGUUGGAGACAUCAUGGAGAUUGUAAGCAACGGGGUUUACAAGAGCAUUGAGCACAGAGCAGCAGUGAACUCGACCAAAGAGAGGCUCUCCAUUGCAACAUUUUACAGCUCCAAUUUAGAGUCAGAGUUAGGCCCCGCCCGGAGCCUCGUUGGACUGGACAAUCCGGCAAUUUUCCGGCGAAUCCCCUUUGAGGAGUACUUCAAGGGCUUCUUUGCAAGGAAACUUGAUGGCAAGUCUUACCUGCAUUUCAUGAAAAUAGAAACAGGGGAAGGCAUUGCUAGUUAA